AUGGACGGACUAGCCGAGUUCGAAAAGGCCCUCGCCGCCGAAAAGGCCGGCCGCGAGAAAGCCGGCCGCGAUGGCGACCAGCAACGGCACUCCAAAGACCGGCAUCACCGCCGACACCACGAUCGACACCGUCACCGUCGCAGGCAUCACGACGAUGAAGCCGACGCCGACGCCGACCGCAGAAGCAAGCGCAGCCGCCACCAUUCCCGCCCAGACGAAGACGACCCGCUUAGCUGGCAGGACGUGCACCGGCGUCGCAGCCAAACCGACCAGCCAGAAGCCUCGGCGGCAGCUCCCGCCCGGGACGCCUGGAUGACGGCCCCCUCAGCGCUCCAAGUCGAGCAUGUCCAUCGCGCGCAGCCGCGGACCAGGACGACGCCGCCCGAGAAGCCCAAGCGCGUCAUCCACUCGCGCGAGCUGAACCGCCGCCUGGGGAGCACCGACGACGACGACGGCGGCCGCCAUCACCAUUCCCCCGGGUCGCCGACGAUGACGACGGAACAUAAGGCAGACUAUGUGUUUGGCGACGCCGGGUCCUCGUGGCGCAUGACGAAGCUCCGCGGCGUGUACUCGACCGCCGAGAUGUCGGGCAGACCGGUCGACGACGUCGCCGUCGAACGCUACGGCAGCCUGCGGGAGUUUGACGCCGCGUGCGAGGAGAAGGAGGAGAUGGGACGGCGAAAAAUCUACGGUUCGGGGUACAAGGAAAAGGACGUUCCGACGGGGGACCUGCACCGCGCGCGCGCGCAGCAGCCGCAAGAAGUAGCUGCAGCAUCAGACGAAGCUGAAGCCGCGGCGGCGGAUCCGCCGCCGAGAGGAGGAGCCGCCGCCGUCGUCCCCCAAGCGCCCGCGGACCAGACCUCGCUGAACCGCCUCCGCGCUCAGAUGAUGAGGGCCAAGAUGCGCAACGCGCCCAACGCUGCCCAGCUUGAGGAGGAAUACAACCGCGCGUCGUGCGGGCUCGCCCCCGCCAGCCAGGAGGGCGCCGCCGCCGCCGUGGUGCUCGGCGCCAUGCACACCCGCCAGCUCGCCGGCCCGAGGGGCGAGGUGCGCCCCGUGGCCAGCAGGCGCGGCCGAGAGCGCGGCCUCGUCGAGGAUAACCCCGACAUGACGCUCGACGACAUGGUGCGCGAGGAGCGCCGUACCAAGAACCAGGCCGGCGGGGAGGGGCUGCGCCUAGCUCAGCGCAUCGCCCGGGACGGCGGCUACGCCAACGACCUCGAGUACCUGGACGAGAACGCGGACAAGCUGGCCAGCCGGGUGCACCGGUCGGGCGAGGACCUCAAGAACGCCGCCGUCGCCGAGUUUCGCAGGCUGGGCCGCGCGCUCGACGCGUGCUCGCUGUGCCACCGCGAGGACGAGGGCCGCCCGCCCGCCGCGCCCGUCGUCUCCCUCGGCACGCGCGUCUUCCUCACCCUGGCGCCCGAGCCCGAGAUCGCCCCCGGCGGCGCCGUCAUCGUCCCCAUCGCCCACCGCACCAACCUCGUCGAGUGCGACGACGACGAGUGGGAGGAGCUCCGCAACUUCAUGAAGUCCCUCACCAGGAUGUACCACGACCAGGGCCGCGCCGUCGUCUUCUACGAAAACGCCGCCUUUCCGGCCCGCCGCCUGCACGCCGCCAUGGUGGCCGUCCCCAUCCCCUACGCCGACGGCGCCCUCGCCCCGGCCUACUUCUCCGAGGCCUUCCUGUCCGCCGACGACGAGUGGGCCCAGCACCGAAAGGUCAUUGACACGGCCGCCAGCGCCCGCCACAUGGGCCGCGCCGCCUUCCGCAAGAGCAUCCCCGCCGAGAUGCCCUACUUCCACGCCUGGUUCAGCCUCGACGGCGGCCUGGGUCACAUUGUCGAGAACGCCCAGCGCUGGCCGUCGGGCGAUAUGUUUGCCAGGGAGGUCCUGGGCGGCAUCGUCGGCGCCGAGCCGCACGUCAUCAGGAAGCAGGGGCGCUGGGAUAGGCACGACGCGAGGGUCGGCGCCUGGAAAGUCAGCUGGACAAAGUUUGACUGGACGAGGCUGCUCACCUGA